GCAUCUUGUCGCUCGUCGGCCGAGAGAGAGGCAGAGGGAAAAAAGGAGCGAGUGAGUAACGGGAACUGGGUCGGUUUGGGAUAUUAAAUCACACUGAGGGAAACACAGCUUAGCACGGGAGUGGCUUCUCUUCACAUAAGGCCUGCGAUCAUCCACCACUUCCUCUUGGUGUCUGCAGAUGGAGGACCGACUUUAGGAGCACUAAAGAGGCAAAAAGAAAGAAAUUAAGAUGCUCCACUCUUUCCAUUUGGAUCCAUUGCUCCUUCUCAUCUUCCUUUAGAUUUCAGCUACUCUUUUCACAAAACUAGACUGUUUAAAAGUUGCCUACACACAUACUUAUCUCUUUGUUACCUCUCUGGCAUUGACAGUCUGUAUUUGAGUAAUGGCAAACAUUUGCCCAUAUGGCAGCUUCACCCACGCCGUGGUACGAGGCAUCCCAGAGACCUUUGGAAAAGCGGAGGUGGUAGACGGCCGGGAAAACGGGGACGUGUCUGUGGACCUGGCCAAAGCGCAACGUCAGUUUGGUUGCCUGACGGGAGCUCUGAGGCAGAAAGUGGGCCUGCAGCUGAUUGAGAUCCCCCCUGACCCCGAGCUGCCGGAGAGCUGGAGGAUAGAGGAUGUGGCAGUCAUCCAGGGAGACACAGCACUCAUCACCAGACCAUACAAACAUCAGAGACGCAGUGAGGCGGAGGCAGUGAGGAGGGUGAUGUCAGAGCUUAACCUGACUGUGGUGGAGAUGGGAUCCAAUGAGGCUGACUCUGGAGGGGCCACGCUGGAGGGCAGCGACGUCCUCUUCACAGGGAGAGAGUUCUUCGUCGGCCUGUCCUCCAACACCAACCGCAGUGGGGCUGAAGUGCUGGCGGAUACAUUUAGGGACUUUGCUGUGUCCACUGUUCCUGUCUGUGGUGGAGCUCGACUGAAGAACAUCUGCUCCAUGGGGGGACCAGAUACAAUCAUCAUCAACAACAGCGAGGGAGCCAAGAAGACACUGAGGAUGAUGGAACAGCUGACUGAUCACCACUAUGAAGUCCUGAUUGUUCCUGAGGAAUCAGCAGCAAACUGCGUCUACAUCAGAGGUCCGUCCAGUCGGGACUUCCUGCUCCACCGGCCCGCAGAGGAAUGUCCUGACAGCGUCUCUGCCUUCCAGAAGCUCCAGGACUACACCCUCCUGCCCACAGCCAACAGUGAGGCCUCCAAAUUGGGAGCGUCUCUGUCCUCACUCUGCCUGCUCAUCAACAGAAAACACACAUAUUUCUGAACACAAACCUCAUACCUGUCAGUACUUUACACAGUAUUAUCCCACACGUUCCAGUAAAAACAACAGACCGCUUCACAUUUGUUCACACAUCAAAAGUGUUUUCUAUUUAUUGCCAAUAACAAACCACUGCCACACUGCUUCUGUAUGAAAGUGUGAUCCAAAUGUAACAGCUGUGAACAGACUAGUUGCACAGCUGCUCCCCCUGCUGGGCAAACAAUGCAGCACACAGGAUUACUCAUCAAUAAAACCACUAAAUUCAGCUGUAGCGUCACACUGUUUAUGUAGAGACACCACUGAGCUGACUAAUCACUAUUUCUUUAUUAAAACUUCAGUGGCCAAUCAUAUUUAUACCCGUCAAUCAGCCAAAGUAUGUCGGUAAACCUUUAAUGAUAAGGCCUUAAAAUGAUUGUAUCUCAUGCAGCCGUUUGUACCUUGCAGCCAUUUAUAACAUUAACUUUGACUUAACUGAUCAGUUAACUUAUUUUUUCUUCUCUUAGAGCAGUUUUAGAAGAUUCCCUGUGGUACCUGAAAUUCACACCUGCAGAUUGGUGACAAUGCAUUUCUCAUGUCAAUAAUACAACAGGUUAUCUUUGUCAAUGCUAAACAGUAGUUAUUUUAUGAAGUCUUCAUUACAAGCUCAUGUAGCUGCUAAGAAUAGAAACACGGUUCUUAAAGUUGUUUUAGCUUUCGUUUGUAUGAAUUUGUUGCAAAUGUAGCAAUGACAAUAAAACCUUCAUCAAAACAGUUA